AUGUCGCCGGCCCUACCCUCGUUUUGCGUCGACAAGUGGCAACGGGUUGCUGAAAAACAGAACACCUCAGAUGCAAACGUUCACAGAGUAGACGCCGUGAUGAAAAGGUUACAGUACCGUUUUUACGAUAUCCCAGAUUCCCUGAGGACGUUCUCUCGUCUGAAAAUGGACCAUCGAUCCAGCUUCAGCGCUGACUGUCUCGUUUAUGCUGCGGACGUAGCAUCUUAUCCGCAUCAUCAGACUAACGGGUGGCUGUUGAUUCUUAUUCCUUAUGAUCGCGAUGAUCCUCAGAAAGUGUUUACGAUGGAGCUGCGAUCGAAGGCGAAGCAUGAUCGAGCCAUACCAAGAUCCAGCAUUCUGAUCCACCAAAUCGAAGAACACAAUGGAAUAAGGGAAGAGCAGCACAAACGGAAAGUGGGCAGCGAACGGUGCGCCGACGGCUACGUGAGGUACGCGUUGAACUUCGACAUUUCGGUGUGUGUGACAGACGGCGAGAACCUGAUGCUGAUGAAACAAGACUGGCGCUGGCGACAGUACCAGUCGUUUUACUACCUGCUCACCUACGGCCUGAACAUGUGCAUACGGGGCUACGUGUGGCGAGAAAUCGACCCUUACGACUACAGGACCAGGUCUGACGGAGAGUGCGUGUCCGGAUACGUGAUGAGGAACGCGUUCCCGGGCGACUUCGUCUGCGUCAGCCCGCACGACAAGCAGCAGGCGUCCGAAGACAAUAUGCUCAACGAACUGCGUCUGCGGUACUUCAAGUUCUUCAACGGAGUCGACGAGGUCAGCUACAACAGUAAGGUGUUUCCGGCGACGCUGUCCACCGACGGAAGGUGA